GAGUCUUGCAUGACACUGCGGACUUUACCGAGGAGAAGGAAAAGCUACAAGGUUCUUUCCUACUCAAUAAAAUUUUAAAAGUUUUUGUCAUUCUUUAGUAAUUAGAGGAUCGACAAAGCAAUAAAUUCAUAUAGCACCAUUGAGUAAAUAAGCACAAGAAUGGGCCAAAACCAAUCUGGUGCUGGUGGUGGUGGAGCUGGAGGGGAUAAAAAAGAAGAUAAAGAUAGGAAGAAGAAAUACGAGCCCCCAAUUCCAACUCGUGUAGGAAAGAAAAGGAAGAAGGUCAAGGGACCAGAAGCUGCAACCAAGCUUCCUCAAGUAACUCCUCACACAAGAUGUCGCCUAAAGUUGCUCAAGAUGGAGAGGAUAAAAGAUUACUUGUUGAUGGAGGAAGAGUUUAUCCGUAACCAAGAAAGGCUUAAGCCCCAAGAGGAACGUAAUGAAGAAGAAAGGUCUAAGGUGGAUGAUCUGAGGGGAACACCCAUGUCUGUGGGCACCUUAGAGGAGAUAAUCGACGAUACCCAUGCUAUCGUCUCUACCUCAGUCGGCAGUGAACAUUACGUCAGCAUUCUCUCGUUUGUGGACAAGGACCAGCUGGAGCCUGGCUGUUCAGUACUGCUGAAUCACAAAGUCCAUGCGAUCGUCGGUGUGCUCAGCGAUGAUACUGAUCCUAUGGUGACCGUAAUGAAGUUGGAGAAAGCGCCACAGGAAACGUACGCCGACAUUGGUGGGCUUGACACCCAGAUCCAAGAAAUUAAGGAGUCUGUUGAGCUACCUCUUACCCACCCCGAAUACUAUGAAGAAAUGGGUAUCAAACCCCCUAAAGGAGUCAUCCUGUACGGUGCCCCAGGUACUGGCAAAACACUAUUGGCUAAAGCAGUCGCCAAUCAAACUUCAGCCACCUUCUUGCGAGUUGUUGGUUCGGAAUUGAUCCAGAAAUACCUUGGUGACGGUCCCAAAUUGGUGAGGGAACUCUUCAGAGUAGCCGAAGAACAUUCGCCAUCAAUCGUCUUCAUCGAUGAAAUCGAUGCCAUUGGUACAAAACGCUACGAUUCAAACUCUGGAGGUGAACGUGAGAUUCAACGUACCAUGUUGGAACUAUUGAACCAGUUAGAUGGUUUCGAUUCUAGAGGUGACGUCAAGGUCGUCAUGGCAACAAAUCGAAUUGAAACAUUGGAUCCUGCACUCAUUCGUCCUGGCCGUAUUGACCGAAAGAUUGAAUUCCCCCUACCAGACGAAAAGACCAAGAGGCGUAUCUUCCAAAUUCACACUGGCCGCAUGACAUUAGCCGAAGAUGUGAAUCUUGAAGAUCUGAUCAUGUCCAAGGAUGACCUGUCGGGGGCUGACAUCAAAGCUAUUUGCACUGAAGCUGGAUUAAUGGCCUUACGAGAGCGGAGAAUGAAGGUCACUAACGAGGACUUUAAGAAAUCUAAGGAGAACGUGCUCUACCGUAAGAAGGAAGGUACACCCGAAGGUCUAUAUCUUUAAUUAUGACUGGAAUUUGUACGGUAAAAGUACCACGGAUUAACUGGAAUAAAUACGGAAAAUUUGAAAGAC